ACUGAUGAUAAAAAUCAGGAAAAAAGGCUUUUAACAGGUAUUUAAUCCAAUCAUUACGUAGCAUUAAAUAAAUGACCGGCCUUGCGACUCAAAACAAAGCCAUGUGUUUACAAGGGGGAGAAUGAUAUAGCUAUUUUGGAGUGAGGUUGUAAAUCUAUGGUGUCCAUUCAACACAAUAGAUACAUGACGCAUUUUUCGGUGGUGUCCUUAACCAAGCAACCGAUAUCUGUCAAAACGUAUCUCUUAAUUAAGGGAUCAAUUACCCCGACCCCCUUGUUCGCACGUCUUCUACCCGAAACAAAAUAAAACUGAAUCGUUCUCCUUGAUGAAGAGUCUCUGUAACAAUUGCCACCUUGUCUUGUUGGUUUGACCCGCCUCUGCUGCAAAUCCAAUACUCCCAUUCUCCAUAUUACUGUAAUCAAACUAAAAUACCUCUAUAUUAGAAAUUAGCUGAAAACUCUUAGUUCACUGCAAGAGCGGAGUGGUCCCAACGUUAAUAUUUUCCGAUAAAAACUGGCGAUAGUAAUUCAUUUGCAAUAGUGGGUGGAAUUAAAACACAACAGGACUAUUAGUUCGAUUUUUGUGUUUAUGAACAGGAAUUCAAGACUGUGUAUCAAGUUGUGUUCUUCUUCAAAUACCCGCUUCAUUUGUUUACAAUUAGCUUUUUAAUUCUUUUCUUUAACACUUGGAAGAUGCAUUGAUUAAGUUUGGAUCGAAAGUCUCCAGAAUAAUUUAACGCAGUGCUCAGUCUCAAACUUCAGUGUACGAUUUGUCUUUCAGUAUCGCUACUUCACUUUUUUCGGGAAAAUACUACCUUUUUUCUGAUAUUCUGUGUAGUUUAGGUUUUAUAUUAUUGAGACUCUUUCGGACUCGGAUUAACCACUUACAGACUUUCUGUAUUACAGCUGAACAUUAAAGAACCUCCUAAAGGAAGUUCUCUUUUGGGACUUGCUUUUAUUUCUUAUUUGGAUGUGUAUGCCUUUUUAUGUCCGCUAUGUGAACUCGAAUAUAUGACAUUGAUUGUAAUGAGAACAUAUCGCGAAAAUUGCAUUUUCCAGAUAUUCUAGAUUUUUUGGUUAGAUGUAAAAACUACAUUCUAGAAGUGGAAUUUUAACAACUGCCAAACUUUUGAUAGCCAAAUAAAGACACGGAUUGAAAAGAUUAGGAAAACUACUUAAACUAAGGAAUCUUUUAUUAAAUAAAGAUGUGCAAAUUAAUUAACGAAAACUUUAUUCUGUGAGCGGUAUAUUACAAGCCAAAUGAUUUUAAACGUUUCAUUUUCCAUUCAAGUAUGGAUAUUUCUGUUUUGUCUACAAGGUAUCAGUGCUCUGUAUUUUACCCAGCAGUCCUACACGUUCAGUCCGGCAAACUUUGUCAUAGGACAGGUAAUAGCCCUGCCAAACGUUACGUCUCCCCCGGGCUGUCAACGUGGGUACCGGCGAUACAGCAUUUACGGCGUGAGUCAAGUGUCUAACCAAGUACGAAUAGAUAACAUAGGCUGGAUUCGAACCAAAUACUCGAACACAGGAAAGGGUGACUUUCGUUUUACUGUCCGUGCAGAAUGUGGCUCGGGAUUCAGGAUGGAGCGUGCUGACGUCACUGUAAACGUAGCUGAUGACGAAAUCUGUGAUUUUCAGAAACUGUCGUCUGCAGACAGAACUCAACUACAGAGAACUGCUAAAAAACUUUGUUUUCAAUCAGAGACAGUCGAUUUUUAUAUUGAAGAGAAAAACAAAAACAACAUUGUGGGACAUCUAUCGAACUGUCUUCAAAAUAUAUCCGGGAAUGUGUUACAAAGAACGUAUUAUGUUGAUUCAGAUGUGUUAACCGUUGACGAAGUCUCCUCAGAAAUGCGAUUGAUCCGCGAGUUAGACAGAGAACACGAUUCCAACCUGAUCUCAGUCGAAGAUGUAAAAUGUGACAUAAAUUUCGUUCAAAGAAAUCUGAAUUUCGUUAUUCUGGGUAGGAUCCGCCUGCAUGUGUCCGAUGUAAACGACAACCCACCAAUGUUUCAUGAUACCAUGACGAAGGAAAUUAACGCCGGAAGUGAUAAAGACAUCGUGGAGGUGGUGGUAGAUAAAGACACUAGGGAUUUUUCCAGACAUGAUAUCCGUGUCUUGGAAGGCCAGGAAUACUGCCAUCCACUUCCGGUUCAAUGUUUUGAGGUCAAACGCCAACCAGAUGAGAGUGUUUGCAACUGCGCACACACCGUCUGUAGAUUAAAGGUGAACAUCACACGACCAGAAAACUUCAACACAGGCAUUGAUCAUUUUUGUAAAGUACAAGUGAGCGAUCCUGCCAUGAUAAACUUGCCAGAUUCUAACAAUAACGGGGCAGUUCUAACCAUUAUAAUUCCAUCGGAGAAAUCUCAAAAAACAAUGAAGGAAUCGACAGUCAUCUUUUACACUAGGAUUUCCAGAAUGGCCUCUAAAUAUGCAAAGGUAUAUGAUUUUCCGAAUGAUGAGAAAGACGCUUUUGCUUUAUCUCGCGAUUCUAGUCGUGCUUUCCACGUCACGUUUUCUUCUGGAAUAGUAUAUGUUGAUGACGUUACAUUAUUACGUAAAUUAAACUCCCAAGUGAAUUUGACGAUCAAUCAUGCACAUACUAUUACACUAGUGGUGAAUAUAGAAGGCCCUCUACGUCCUGUCGAUGAUAAUUUAUGUAAUGUAACAUGCGCAAGUUACAUGGAUGAGGUGUCGUGUAACUCGGGUUGUGGCCUUGGUUCUGUGAAUGGAAGAUGUCGCUGGCGAUCUGGAGAUGAGAGAAGUUAUUCUAGGAAGUUUUCUACUUGUGUAUCGGAUCUACAAACGUGUACAGACCACAUGUGUGACGAUAGAGAGGCUCUAGAUAUCCUUGUUUGCCCACAAGACUGCACAACAGCGACGAUACGGGGAGAGGGGGCUCUAAACACGGACUACUCUCCCCCUCGGGGCAUUGACUCAGGAACCAGUCCUUGUUGGUGUAACUACGCCGGAGAGUGCUCAUGUUUCAGACCCUCCUCAUUUCAAAAGUUCAUUCCAACUUCCCAUAUAACGUCAAAGGUUAAGCAGAAACGACCAAUGAGAAAAAACAGUAUUGGAACUACAACAUGGCGACAGGAAUUCUCAGAUUAUCCUUUUACACCAAAGGUCUCGUCUUCCACGGCACAAUCACGGAGGGACUCGGGUAUGGGAUGUGACUGGCAUUGCCGCACUACCAUAGCGGCCGUCACGGGUUGUGUAGGUGCCAUCGUCUGCGUCAUAAUUUUAACAUGGCGGCUGAGGAGGCUUCAUUGUCAGAAGGGUCAACCUUUGAAACACGUGGGCAGUACUGUAUCAAUUUCCGGUGUCCCUUCAGAAUAUCACGAGGAUUAUCGGAUUCCACAUACAUCUCCGCAAUGGUCCCCAAAACGAUCACCAGAUUAUAGCACGGCCGGUGAAGAUCAUAAGUGGGAAUUUCCUCGUGAUAAAUUGAUACUAGAUGAGACGGUGGGAGAAGGAGAGUUCGGACGUGUUGUCAAGGCGAAAGCUUACGGAAUGGAUGGUCGUGAAGACUAUAAAUGUGUAGCUGUCAAGAUGUUAAAAAAUUGCGAUUCCAGUGGUGAGCUGCAGGAUUUAUUGUCAGAAUACAAUCUGCUGAAGGACAUCGACCACCCUAAUGUCAUAAAACUACUGGGCGCCUGCACCAGAAACGGUCCGUUCUACGUGAUAGUCGAGUACUGCGAACACGGUUCCCUUCUUCAGUAUCUUAGAAACUCCAGAUUGGAGGAGAACGGUUACAUAAAUCACAGGAGCAGACGAUACCUCAGGUUCCAGUCGGAAAGCGGGGAUUCUACAGAGCCAGAAUUAUUGAAUAUCAGAGAUCUAUUGUCGUUUGCUUGGCAGAUCUCAAAAGGAAUGCAAUACCUCAGUGAGAUCAAGCUUGUACAUCGUGAUUUAGCUGCAAGGAACGUCUUGGUUGGUACAGGGAAAGUAUUGAAAAUCUCUGAUUUUGGUCUUACGAGGGAUGUGUAUGAAGCCGAUACCUAUCUUAAAAGAAGUAAAGGAAGGAUACCUGUUAAAUGGCUGGCUCCUGAAUCUUUGUAUGCCCAAAUAUAUACCACACAAAGUGAUGUAUGGUCAUUUGGCAUAGUUCUGUGGGAAAUUGUCACAUUAGGGGCCCCACCUUAUCCUGGUGUUCCUCCAGAGAGACUGUAUAACCUCCUGAUAGCGGGGUAUAGGAUGGAUAGGCCCGAGGGAUGCUCAGAUGAACUGUAUGCAGUAAUGCAGAAAUGCUGGAAAGCAGAUCCAACUGAGCGGCCAGUGUUUUCUAAUUUAACAGCCAUAUUUGAUGGAAUGCUCCAGCAAAGAACUGAAUAUUUAGAGCUUACCGGAGGUUUCGAAAAUGUUGAAACAGAUCUUUUUGAUAGAUGUCCAGAUUCAUAUGAAAACAGAAGAGAUGGUAAAAUCUCAACCGAGAGAAAAGAAUUGAGUAUAUCUGGAAAAGACGAUACUGGAUCCGGAAAUCCUUACUUAACACCGGCAUCCCGGAAUGACAUUACACUAGAAAGGUGUACCGCGCAACAGUGUGAAUCUAGUCCUGAGAGUGGUGUUCAAAAUGACGGAGAGAAUAUAGCUUUAUUGUUAGAGUGCCGAACAGCUGUUUUCUCAAAUUCAUUGGAAAGUGAGGACGAAGAUGUUGCCCUAAAGCAACCAUUCCAAGCCGUCGCAUAGUGGCAUUCUGAGGAUUUCCAACACUGAACAUAUUUGGUUUUCCCGGGAUUUCUUUUUUAUGUUGGGUAAAUAC